UAAUUCGACCGUCAAAAUAGUGCGCAAAUCCGUCUGAUAAGGUUUCCGGGCGGAUAUGUUGCCUACAAAGUUCGUCGUUCAGCCGUCCGAGUCUCUUAAAUGCCCAAUUUGUAGAGAACUAUUCGAGGAUCCGGUUAUUUCGACUCAAUGUGGGCAUACAUUUUGUAGAAACUGCAUUCGAAAUGGCGUUUCACUCACCGGAAACUCGGGAACAAAAUGCCCCUUGGAUGGUACGAUUUUACAACGGUUUCAUUUGGUGUCGAAUUUGGCCGUGAAAGGUCAAAUAGAGGACCUGCAGAUCUACUGUAGGCAUGGUUUAACGAGAUCUGAUUCGGAAGAAGAUUUUGAAAUAGACUUAACUGGUUGUCAAGAAAGAAUUUCUUUUGGCAAGCGAACCGAACAUGAAGAAGCCUGUGGAUUCGCUCUAGUACCCUGUCCUAAUAGCUCAAACCAGUGCGGGAAAUUUCGGCGGAAAGCUUUGGACGAUCACCUUAAAGACUGUGCUCAAUACCGUUGCCUUUACAGUGUAAAGGGUACGUGAUUUCAUUUUAUUAUUAAGGUUGUUCCUUUGACGCUGUUCAACUCACGAUCAAGUAUCGUUAAUUGAAAUUAAAUGCCGCCUUGUCAUUCUGUGUUUUUUUCUUUGUAUAAAAAGUAAGCUCAACUCAGUUCAUUAUUUAUACAUUGAAAAGACAUCUGCUCUGUUGAAAGGUGAUGUCAGUGAACAACUCAUUUUAACACUGUUGGAGGGAUUUUCAUAAGCUUGGUAUAAUUGUGUUAUUAAAAUGAUUGUUCCAUUUGGUCCAUUUGUACCAAUGAAAUAUAUUAGACUGUUAAUCCUCCCCUUAAAAAAUAUUCAGAAUAAGAAAUCCACGACAGCUUUUGUCCUUUAAUCACUUGUCUGCCCUUUAAAGCUUUUGACAUGCGAGAAAAGAGCAAGCAAACAAAACAGAAAAAGCUGUACAUCAUAUCCCAAUUUUGACAACUGAUCCAAGCCUAGUUAUAAGUUAAAAGCUGGUUGUUUCUGAUCUCUUGCAGGAUGUGAACAUGUUGGUACAAAAUUGAAUGUGGAUGAACACUGUAACACUUGUCAAUACAAAAACAGUGCAGAUCCUCCAAAAUGUCAAGCUCUCCAUUCUGGGGUAAAGUAAUGAAUGUUGACAAUUAAGUGCAAUUUUGUACGUCUUUUACAUUAUAGAGAAAAGUAUCCUUGGCCCAAGUCUGUUCCAUAAAGCUUAAAAAAAUCAUGCUUGAACAGCCUGAUUUGAACCCAGAUUUGUGUAGAUUUCACAUUAUGUAGUCCUUCAUGCAGUCAUUCUUCACAGUAUGCAACAAAACCAAAGUAAGGCAUACAAUCGCGGACUAAAGUCCUGCGAGAAAUUCACAUUUGUGGCCCUUUUUUGUCUAAAAAAAUUGCAUUUAUUUGUACUGAACUCUAGCUAGAAGGGAGGGAUGACUGGCACUAGUUUCUUUCUCUGACAUGCACUCUAUGCCCGGGGGGGGGGUACUUUAGGAAUUUCUGGGUGGGGAUGUGCCGCUGGGAGCCUGGAACCCUUAACCUUUACCAGAGCUAGUUCAGCUGAAUUUUGCUACCCUAUACUAGAGUAAAAUUCCCAAAUCCCCCUAUCCUAGAGUAGCUGUGUACGUAGUCUAGAUAAAAUCUUCAACCAACUGAUCAGUUUCUUGAAAAAUGAUACCCUAUUCUAGAGCCAAACGCUCUGAUUUAUAUACCCUAUCCCAGAGUAAACUGCUUGAAAACCAUACCCUUCACAGCGGCACAUACCUAUAUAGCCCAUAUAUGGCAGUACCCCCCCGGGACUCUAUGCAACUCAUUUGCCAUGUGCUGGUACAGAUGGUAGCUUUGCUCGCAAAACAUCCUGCCCAGUCCUAAACCCAGCAACAGGGAAGUAAGUUUGCUACAAUUACCAACAGCAUGGAGGUUGCCACUUUGCCUCUUCCUGUAAAUACAAUCAUGUUUGCAUCAAACCGCUGUGCUCGUGAACCCACUCACAAUGGCAGCAACAGUCUGAUACUGCUCAAGACCCCCAAUACUGAACCCACACUCAACUGCAGAGCUUUCUCGUAAAUUGGUACUUUGACUUCAGAACUUAGCAGGAGAUGUCUCGACCACAUUGUUAAAUGCAGGGACUGAUCCCGUCUAAAAGAUACCACAUCCUGCAGAAUCUGGCAAAAGUUUAACACCCUGUUAAACUUACAAGUCAGAGUCUUUCAGUUUCACUCUCAAUUGGACCAAAGUUGUUUACUCUGCCCAAUGUCUGAUUUUUCUUGGAGUUGAAAUCGACACUGUUCACUGUGAGCUCCAUCUCUAACAAGAUCGUGUGUCCGAGUUGUUAUCCCUUCUCAGGGGAACAAGCUUAAAAUGUAAAUGUACCAAGCUUCACUUCCAACGACUCCAAGGCAAGCUUAAAUGGGCAGCACAUGUUAUUCAAGGGGGCCGCACAUUUCUUAGGCAUCUUAUUACCUUGACAAACUUGGUUAAACACCCAUAUCAUCACUUCUAUCUAAACCUAAAUGUGAGAGCCAACAUAAUGUGGUGUACCUGUCUCCCGAUGGCACACAACUGUAAAACUUUGUUUCCCUCAGCCAUCCCAGAACGUCCUAGAACAGUGCUUACUGAUGCCUCCCUGUCUGGUGGGGGUGCCCACGGGAAACAGACUGGGGGUAUGUCAACUGGGCCUUAGAUUACCCAUCUCUAUGCUCUCUCAAUGUCAUUUUAUUACAAGGAGACAUUUCCCAUUGUUUUAGUUCCACACCAUUGGGCACCUUUAUGGUCAGGUCUUAAGUUAUUCGUCAAGACAGACAGUCAGGCGGCUGCAGCCAUUCUAAACAAAGGCUCAAACUUUUGCCCGGUGAUCAUGAGUUGGAUUCAUUCCCUGUUUUGGCUUAAGAAGUAUGAAAACUUCAGUUUGUUCAUCAGGCACAUCCAGGAACAACCAGCACCCUGGCAGAUAGUGUUUUACCCCUUGAUGAUGUGCACCACUGGCCAACGUCCAAGCAUGGCUCUCCACAUCCCCUGGAUAGAAUGACUUUGAAUCUCACAUGCCACCAUUGUCUCUUGCUCUCCUUGGAUCCAAGGGAUCUGCAGCAACUUGUACAUGAAGUCACCAAUUUCUGGCAUCAAACAUAUGCACUUUCUACCAAGUCCACCUACAUGAGUCAAGUGCAUUCACACCUAUCCUUUUGUGGAUACUAUGGUUACCAACCUCUGUCAGCAGUAGCAUUAACCCUAUGCAACUUUCCCAGUAAGGGCACUUUCAGCAUCCUCCAUACCAGCUUAUUUGAAUGUGGCUUGCAUUUUACACCUUGAACAUGGUCUGACUGAUCCAACCAAAAACAAUUUUCAGCUGGCAACUACACUUCAAGGAAUCAAGCCUGCAAAAGGUUUAACCACAGUCUUCCAAAAGAAACCAAUUACACCCCAGAUCCUAUUAGCCUUCAAGAGUCACUUAAAUUUGGAUAACCCUUUGCAAACAACUUUCAGCACAGAAACUUACAAUACUUUUGUCCCAAGGUAUUCAUUUUAGAAAGAUUCAACGUGACUGCUGAAAAUUAGCCUGUUACACUGCCAGAGGGACUCCAGAGGGUCUAAGCUUUAGCAUAAGCCAUUUUGAAAUAAAACUUCCUGUUGUUUAUUUCUUGGCAGUCUUCUGAAGAGUUACGCUCAUCAGUACAAGUUCUUUCAGAGCGAGUUUCGUGGCUAGAAAACAAUCAAGAUGCUCUGAUGACACAAGUUGAACAAUGUAACAGGUACAUUUCCAUUUGUCUUUUGAUGGAAAAAUUUUGGGAUGUGUAUAGUUACAUGUAUUGACCCAUUCGCUCCUGGAGAUUUUGCCAAAAAACGCGUUUUGAAGCUAGUCGAGUGGUUUUCUGGUCACUGUCAUGCUAUAAAGAGCUAACACUUACCACAAACCGGUUUACAGGUCGUACACUUUGCGGCCUUCUGAUCCAGAUGCAAAAUAUCAGCUUGGGAAGUUCGGGCAUGCGCAGAAAGCAAAAUUUCGAGUUUUUGGGUUUAAAAGUGACACAGCAGUCUUGACUUUUACUUUUCGUUUUCUCCCCUCCCUUCUUUUUUCGCUUUUCUUGCCUCAUUUUUUUUUUUCUCUUGCUGGGCAUUUAGUAGGCUUCAUUUUGGUGGGAAGAGUUUUUAGGAAAGCUUUUAGGACCUUAGGAUUAGGUGAAAGGAAAGGUAGGUGGGCAAUGGAAUAAGAUUUUCAUGGAGAUUUUCAGGUCAAUGUCACGUGGUUUUUUGCUUCUUUCUCUGGUGUCCUUGACUGAAUUGUGCUCAUUCUGGUAUGGUUUGAAAGAUCUCUUCACUCUGCACAAGUUAGCAAAGAAAGUUGUCCUUGACCAUUAAAACUGAUGACGUCACAAAGGGUAGAGAGGACCUGGAUCCGCACGGGUGGUUACGGGCGGUUCAGGGGCGAAUGAGUUAAUAGUGAUAAAAAUAAAAACAUUCUUUUAAAUUAAUAGCAGCUUUAGCUACAGUCUAUAAGAGGACAACAAAAGCUAGGAUCAAACAAAACAACUGACAGAUUUCCCUAUGUUGAAGUUUCUUUUGCCAACUCUUACAGCCACCCUGUUUGAAGAAAUUGUUUGGGUGAAUAAUCUAUAAAGAGCAGUAAUAAGAGAACCUCAGAGGAAUAUCUAUGAACCUUUAAAGAUAAUUUACACUGAUUUUGUGAAUAAAAUAUGAAAGCUGAAACUAAAGAUUUUACGAAGAAAAAUGAAGGAAUUGAAUCCAGGUGCCAUUAUUGGCACAAUCCAUGCCAUAAGGGAUGCAUUGGAUUGAUAAAGUGAUGGAGAUAAUUAAAUAAUUUUGAGGGAGGGAGGGGGUAAGAUGAUUUAGAAAAUAUGUUUUAUUGAGAGGAAAAGGGGGCUUUAUUUAAGAGGAUACUUUUUGAGGUGGUGAAACCUAGUUGGCAAGUUACUGUUUCAUGGUCAAAUAAAUUAAUUAUUGUUACUUUGAAUGUGGCAUCCCUUGUGUGGGACUCUGUCCUCAUUAUGGAACCCUACUCUAAUUGUGCUUCCAAUGUUAAACAAAAUAUGUUUUUUAAUUAUUAUUUCUCAUGUGUGGCUCACAAAUUUGCGCCAUUUAAGCAAACAUUAUAAGGAAAAAAAUACAAGAUCUAAGUAAGUGGUAGCCCAGUGGAUCAAGGGUUAGAUAACCACAAUUCUGUAUUUUGCUUUAGUUCAAUUUCCAGAUUGUCUGAAACAGUGGAAGACUUAUCGUUCCAAGUAGAACAACUCACUGUCAUUCUAAAGCGAUCAUCACUUUAUCGUGAAAUGUCAGUGACAUCCAUUCCAGACACAAUAAACAGCUCACAGAGCACAAGUCCUGAUGAAACUGGCCAGCUUUCUUAUUCAUAUGGCCAUAAAUCCAGACUCAAGCCUUCUAACAUGGUAUCAUCAACACAUCAUGAUGCUUGGAGCAUACCUUGUGUCUUCAAGUGCAUUGGUACAUUAAGGUAUGUUUCUGGGUCUGUUUGUCCUUUGCCACACUGUUGCACUGGAAGCUACUCAUGUCUAUAUUGGAGUUACUAGAAAUGCCAGCUGCUUAUUGGAAAGAGUGGGGACUAGAUUAAAUUUUUACAGUCUGUAAACAAACUUAUAACACCUGAAAUAUAUGGUUCCAUACUAGGUAAUCUGCAACUACAAUACAUUGUUUUCAAUUUAUGCAAAAAAGUGUGGAUAACACACAAGUUUUCCCAGUAGCUGUUACAUUGUUUAUCUUUCAGAGGUCAUCGUGGAAGCAUAUGGUCUCUGGUUUCCAGGGGCCAUCGCCUUUUUAGUGCCGGGGGAGAUCAAGUUAUUAAAGUUUGGAACAUGGAAAAUGUGCGGCUGGCAAAAUGUACUGAGGUCCUUGAGGGUCACAGUAAUGAUGUGAGUUAAGUAACGUAACUUAAAUGAAGAUAUAUGUUUGGGAACCAUCUGUUUCUCUUGCAGUGGUCUGGCAAUGGCCAGUCACUGCAAAUUUAAGUUACAUGUACUGCAUUUCCCUUGUUAAAUGCUGGCCCUAGAAAAGCGUGCUUAUGCUGCCAAUUUGCAGGCUAUGCUUCAUUAGGCUGAUAUUUCUAUCUAAUGGAAAGCCAACAUGGAAAACAGCAUUAGGCUAAUUUCCAAAAUCUCUAGUUGUACAAUAAUCUUUUGAAAAUCAGGCUGUUUUUUUGUAUUUGCCAUAUGUAAUUUUCCUUAUAAAAUUGAGCAGAGAAUGUUCUGUGUAAUGGGAUUAGUGGUUCUGAAUUGCCAGAUGUAUUAGUCCUAAAUACCUCUGCAGUAGUAAGGAGAAGUUUUGAGUGAUAUUUGCAUUAACAGUAGACAUAAAGAACCUUCUGUUUUCUUCAGAUUCAUGCCAUGUGUAUUGGAGGUGGAAAGCUGUACAGCGUGGGAUCUGAUCAGUCAAUAAUAUCUUGGAACUUAGAAAAUUUAACUCUGCAUAAGAGAGUAGAGGUAUUGUCAGUGGUGAAUAUAAGUACAGUCCAACCUAUAUAACUCCUCAAAAACCCAAUAUCCACACAAAACUCCUCAUUCUGGUCUCCCAACAUUUUUUAUAGUUUUAGUUGAGAGAAUUUGAUAUGACAUCAGAGCAUUUUUCUCUUGCUGAUCACAUUAUUAAUUAUUGCAACCGUCUUGAUAAUAUAUUGAAACUGUCAGGAGGAAACUGAUAUUAAGGGCAAGUGUCCCCUUUAUAGAGGAUCAGCAAAGGAAAGUGUUUUGCAUGGAACCAUCCGGGGUAGGGGUACUUCCUUAUAAGAGGCUAAUGCAUAUGGGGAUGUGCUGCUGGAUGGGGUUGCAUUUUCAUGACUGGAUUGACUAUAAUGGGGUUGCAUUUUCAAUAGAGUUACUAGAAUGUUUCACACAUUUUCGGAUGUUUUGGGGUAAGAUAGUUCUUCAUGUUUACGGCUAGCAAACAUACGAGAUUGUUUGUACUGUAGGUGAAAAGUAAAGUGUUCUUUGUUCAAUUUAAAAAAUGGGUCAAUUCAUAAAAACAGAAAGUUACUAAGCUGGGAUUGUGAAAGUUACAUAUCUGCCCAAAAGUGAUGGGGUCUAUAAUUGGCCACAGAAUAGACUAUAAUGGGGUAGGGGCCUUAAGAGGCCAAUUGCACAAACUCAGCAAAAAUUUACCCAAAUACCCCCCCCCAAAAAAAAAAAAAAAAAAAAAAAAUUCACUCCCAGGAAUGAGGUGAAUGUGGCUGCAGCCACUGUAUAAAGGUUGCACUGUAUAAAGUGAGGCUUUGUUUAUUGUGGUAACUAGUUGCUAAGUAGAAGGCGGAUGCUCAAAUGGUGGCCACUUAAUGGAGGUUGGACUCUACUAUCAUGAUAAAUAUAAUUAAAGUAAUUUUUUGAAAUAAUUAUAAUAGUUACAUUAAUUAUUAUAUUUCAUUAUUAAUUUUAAAUAUCACAUUAUUUUAUUAUUUUUGUAACUUUCUAUGCAUUUAUUUAAUAUUGUAAUGUAAGUGUAAGUGAUAGGUCUCCAUACUACCAGCCUUGAUUGGCUUUGCUUUUUGCAGGUAGUCUGUACUUAUAAUACAUUGAUUUUCAUUUUAAUAUAGUUUGCGUUGUGUUUACUGUAAAUGACCUGAUAAACACCAGGGUGUCUAUUUAAUUUUAGAGGUCCAAGAUGGGGCAUUUGAUAGAUAGGAGGCGUUUGAAAGAGAGGGGCGUUUAUUGUCAUAACGGUGACAAGCUCAACCAAACUAAUAAGCUCUCGGCAAAAAUAUUAAGUGAGUUUAAAAAUAGCAGAAUAUUCACUCCAUCAAUAAUUGAUAUGUCUUGGCAGUUCAGAGAUAUAUCUCUGUCUUUGAAAUCCCAAUGUCUAUGUCAGAAUCCUUGCUCAGGGUUAUUGUGUUGCCAUCUUUAGUCUAUCCUUUAAUACUUGUAACUUGGCUAAUCAAGCAAGAAACUGAACAAGAACUGAAUGAUUUUGCUAAUUCCUAGCAUUUUGGAGUAAUUCACUUAGGGGGCAUCUAUUAGACAGGGGGCGUUCAUUAGAGAGGGGCGUCUAAAACAAUUUUAACAAAGUAUAGGAGGCGUUUAUUUGGAAGUGGGUGUUUAUUAGAUCAUUUACGCUACCCCAGUACUGUUAUAAGUAGCUAUUGGUCACCAAAUGAAUAUAUUUAUUCUUUUGAUUAACAUAUUUCUGAAUUGAUUGUUGAUAGUGAUGUUGGUUUUUACCCUUGCCAUAUGGGCUUUUUGACUGGGUACUUUUGUUAAAAAAUCCCCUCUUCUCCAAAUUGAUACAAUACACACAAAAUGUGUUCAUUUCUGAUUCCGGUUGUGUUUCUUAUUUUCUCAGCAUGCCCAUGACAAUAUAAUCUGUGCUAUAGUUUACAACGGAAAGUUUCUCUUUACUUCCUCUCAUUCUUGCAUCAAGGUAAAUAUGCCCGAGUAUUCUUUUCUUGGGGGUGGUGUAGGUAAGAGUCCUUAGGGUACUCUAGAAAGGUCCUGAGCUGGAAUCCUUGUAUCAUGCUACAAUCGGAGACAAAAUCAGUUGACAGAAAACACCCCAACUUUGAAUAGAGGUGGGGGGUGGGGGAGGGGUGUGGAUUUCUUUGUUCUCCAAAGUUACCCUGUUUGAGUACAAUUUCUGGUUGUAGGUCCUAUUUGCUUUGCCUUCCAUUAGCCCCAGUAGGCAUUUUGGUGCUAUUCAAAUAUAUGAAUAAUGUGCUGUGUGCAAUGUUUAUAGUCUCACCUCCUUAUAAGCAGAUGCCUUCAGGACCAGGCUUUAAUAGGUGUGUCCUUACGAGACGUGUCCAUUAUUUUGACUUUUCCGGAGUAUAAAAAGGAUGUCCAUGUCCAAGAGGUGUCCAUGAAUGGAUGGUUAAAAAUGUAGAAUUUUGCUGGUGAAAUUACUCAAACUGAAGUUUGCAGUUUGCAAACGGUAGUUGUCUGUAAGUGGUCGGUUGACUGUAUGCAAUGAUUUCUUGAGAUGGCAUGUGAAAAAAUCGAUUAUGAAAGUAAAUUUAAUUUUGUUUAUACUUGUAUGUGCAAAAACUAGAUGUCUUUAUUUAUUAUUAUAUGCUAAUUCAUUUUAAUGUAGUUACUUCAUCAGGGCUGUCAUGGUGAAUCGACUGACUUUUUUUUCCCCAAUUUUUACUGACUUGUUAGUCUUAUUUAAAGGUUUGGGAAGCAUCUACUCUCCAGGAAGUACAUAAGGUACCAGACCUUCAUCACUGGGUCAGAGCACUUGCCUUAGAUGUCAAAAGAGUGAGUUGAUAUUCAGUAAAAACAGUUGAUCCUCCAUUAAGCGGCCACCCUCUAUAACGAGCCAUUGAUCAAAGUCCCAAAACAGAGAAUUUAUGGUCUCACUUACGGCAAACAGCAAACAUCAGAUUCAUGUUGAGAAAUUCUCAAAAUAGAAAAUGAGCAGAUAAUACAGCCCAAUAAAAUUCUUUUGGAUAAAACUGGCAUGAAUGUACCUAUUUUUGUGUAGUUAUAAUGAACAAUAAACAGCGACAUAAGGGAAAACUUGGUCACGUGGUACAUGAGUCGUUUGCCGUAAAUGUGACUAUAAAUCUCUCUAAUAAUUGUAGAAAAGAUUAAACUUAUAAAUUAGACCUAUAUUAAGCAGCCACCCUGUUGCUUGUUUGUUUCAGAAUAAAGUGAUGUUUCUGCUAAAGAUUAUGCUUAUUAAUGAAAAACCUCUUUUGAGAGGCCAACCUUCAUUAAGCAGCCAAUUACCGGUACCCCAAAUGUGGCCAUUUAAUGGAGGUUCAACUGCGUACUGUUUUUGACUGUUUAUGCAUAUAAUGGUGCACAUGAACAGUUUGCAGCAAAGUUAAGCAUUGCUUUCAUCCAGACCUUCAGAUAAGGGGGGGGGGGGUCAUCCAUACCCUGAGAUAAGGAGGGCUGGUCUCAAGAAAAAUUAUUUUCGGCCCUUCAGGCCUCAGUUAAGUCUAAAAAUAUGGGGACGGUGGGUCCCCCAGGCUCCUUCCUUCGAUCCCCCACUGUAUCUAAGAAAUCCAGCUGGGUGAGCUACCUGUAGUUGUAUUAGAAUAGGAAGAAGAACCUGGGGAAGAAUGCAUUAUGGGCUAAAAGAUCAAAAACUUCAUGAAGACUAUUACAUGUGCAUUGUUUUUAUUUGUUAUUCUAUAUCUUUUUUCUAAAAUACUCCAGGAAAAACUUUUCAGUGGUUCUCACAACCUAGUUCAUGUAUGGGAUGCCACAGGAUCAUUUGGUCUCCGUGGAACCAUUGAUCAUUCAUUUGGCUCAGUUUACUCACUGGCUGCUACUAGACAGUUUAUAAUAGUUGGUAAGUUUUUCCUUUUAUUGAGAUGGCCUCUGUUCAUCAAACACUGGCACCGUUUGCGGAUGGACUUAUCAGGCAUUUCCUUUCCACAAGAAAGCAGUGUGUGUGAUGACCAAAAUUAUGAAAACUAAAUGAUUUAGAGGUAUCACAUCCACAUAAUUGUUCUUAAUCCAUUUGACCAUCCCUGAUCAACUGUAAAUUUGAAGCAAUCCCAGCGAGAACCAACAACAAACUCAACCCAACCCACAUGUGGUAUUACGUUGGGGAUACUGAGCCAGGCUUGCUCCCUGCCGAUUACCUUGUAGGGGUCUAAACACGUAGAUGCAUGUGUUAUCAAAAAUCACGUUGUUAGUAGUUACAUCCCAGUGUAAAAUCAAGGUCUGAAGGAGUUGAGGUGGUGUGAUCGUUUGUGCAUUUGCUCUGCGUUGUCUUUAUAAUGGGUACGAGUGACGUAACAGUGAAUGUAGACCCGGGAGGGACUCCCAUCUAAAAGUGACGGGGAUGCUUGUUGUUUUGCUUAGGGAUAGAAAUUGCAUAUUUUGGUCUCCCUUAGGGUUUACAGGACGAAAUGCCGAUAUUUUUUACCGUAAAAGUAUCACUUAGGGUAAAAGUAAAAAAGGAAAAAUGCCGUCAAACUAUGUUGGUUUGUGAUCUCCUUUAGGGGUCAAAUAACGACCGAACCUCUCCCAGAUUGGUCUACUCUCCUCCUCCGGGGAUUUAAUAGGGACCUUACGAAACUACGACGGCGAGGGCAACGGGAACGUCUAAAACAGAAUAGUUUUUAUGAGCAAAACAACAACUCUGCACGUGCAUCACGCUUUUUGUACAUUUCUUUGCCGUCCCUGCCCAACUACGACGUGAAAUGGACAAAUUUUGAGUUGACUCGAGAACGGGAACCGCAAGGUGAGAAAUUUUGCUUUCUCUCUCUGAACUCGGACGCGGUCCCUUCUCUUCAGUUCUAACCUAACUUCCCUACUUUCAAGUGACCGGGUGACUUGGUAUAAGGGCGAAAAAGUUUCAAAGGACGCGAAGUCUAUUUUUCAGCGACGUUUUCUUUGGCAUCGCCGUUAUCGGAUCGUAAGGUCCCUAAAUAAAUUAAUUAAUUCUAACCUCUCCUUCCAAUAUACAAUGUAAUUCAAUUUAAGUGUUGUAAUUUCUAUUUUACCCGUUUUUUUUUUUCCUUUGUAAAUCUUUAUAUGUUACUAUAUUAUUUUUCUCAGUUAUAUUUACAUAACUGUGUAUCAGCUAGGAAUUGGAGGAAUAAAUAAAUAAAAAUAAAAAAAAUAAAUAAAAAUAAAUUUAUCCGACGAUCAUCUCCAUCACUUUUAUGCAAUGUAAGUCAUCCCCCCGCCAGGAGUGUAGCCCUGCAAUGCGAUGGACAAUCCUCCUGUCCAGAGGCCGCAGGAGGGACUGAGCACUCCUGAUUGCUUGCUACUAGAGUAAUUGCGCCUCCUACGAGACUCUACAUUUUUCAAAAAGUUUGUAAGCUUCUUGAUGCAUUUUUGACUUGUUUUGAAUUUCAGCAUCAAGGGCGUUUGUUGCUUCUCCCUCCUUAAAUGAACCUUAUUUAGCAUGAUUGUUACCAGUAUUUUUUUAUGAUCUCCACAGGUACGUACAACCAGAAUAUUCACGUGUAUGACGUCAACACGUACCAGUAUGUUAAGGCACUUGUUGGCCAUAUUGGUACAGUCACUUCUUUGGUACCGGCAACCACAGGAAAACUGCUCUUCUCAGCUUCAUACGACACCACAGUGCAGGUACACUCAUAUUAGGAGUACAGGUAGCAAAGACAACGUCAAUGACGACGGUGCGCACAGAUCCGAAAAACAAAUUGACCAAUGGAAUAGCGGCAAACUGAGCACCGUAAGUGCCGUCAAGGCCUUUCUACGCACUUUCACGUUCUCAUUUGACUUUGCGUUGUCUUUGCUAAAUCUGCCUAGUAUGUCUAAAAUGAUAUGCGAGUACGCUUUAAUCGUUCUAAGGGUGAUGAAAUUUAUGCUAAAGUAGGGUAUUUUCAUGUAGUUUGCCUCUUCGGUCUCCGUCCCUAGUUAUAGAUCUUGCAUAUCACAAGGAUAGGGUCUUAUAAGAAAACUAAACAUGCGUCAAAUCUGCGCAUUGAAAAAUGAUGUUUGCUUCUUUAAUUUUUUUUAUUAUUAUUUACUACGUACAAAGGUAAAGUUUCAUCGCAAAGUUUAUGUUUAAGCCUCUUUUCCGACGAAAACAACAACUGCUGUUCAAAAUGAAAUGGUAUACACCAUUUUCCCUCUUUCCUUGGCAGAAGGUAUCAUACGACAUUCCAUGCUUGUUUGUUCCUUCAUCAGCCCUCCUUUUUUUGUGGUUAAAUAAGGAUAAUAUUCGUAAAUUUUUCAUUUGAUGAUUUAGGUCAUGUAAAAACUCUUUUCAGCAUUAUUUUAACAAUUUGAAAAAAGAUGGAAAAAAGACAGGAGAGAUAAUAUACUCGGCUUAAGAUAAAAGUAAAAUGGUAGGAGUCGAAGUCAGAUAUGCUAUCUAACCAAGCUGUCAAAACAAAAUGUUGCCAGUAAUACAGAGCUCUCUACGAUACCAAAUGAAUAAGGACAUAUGACAAUAGCUUUUCUUCUGUUGCGAUCUGUUUGUGACACAGGCAACUUGAAAAACAAAUCUGAAUCUUACUAGUCCAGGUGCUCUACUACUACACUACCGGAGAUUUCAUUUGUGGGGGCUAAGGCCAUUUAACUAGGUUUGUAUAGCACUGGAAUGUUGAUAAGCCGCACAUGCGUAAGAAGGAAAACCAUAAUGGAGGGCAAGCUCGUUUUUGAAACGAAGUUGAAUGGAAGGCCUGCUUACCGUUCUUGAUCGUUCUCAAGGUUGUCUUUUGUUUAAGGUUUGGAAUCUGGACACCAUGUUACCCAUGCAGACUCUUUCAAGACAUGAAGGGAGUGUUAACUGUGUCGUCAUUCACAAAGAUUUGCUGCUCUCCGGCUCUGAAGACAUGGAAAUCAAGGUU